GCUGUCCGCUAAGAGACGAUAGUUACUCCCGGCAAUCGCUGUUUCAACAAUCCCCGAUCCGAUCUCCCUGUCGCAAUGGAAGCGGAUGCACCAUCCGACCCGCUGACGAACCAGUUCGGCACCAUCGAUGACCUUGCGCACGACCUGGGUUCCAUCCAGGACCUGGCGGCCCGCGGCUCUUGGAGAGCCAUUCUCGACAAGGUCGCACGCGCGCGAGCCCUCUCGCUCCUCCGCAACCCCCACGAGCAACUCACUUACCUCUCCUUUCAAGUCCUCGCCCUCGCCAAACUACGACGUUUCAACGACGCCUCCGCGGAGCUCGACUCCCUCCAGGACCUCGACGGUCCACUCUACCGGUAUCAAUCUUACCCCACCGUCUACCCCAGCCGCUCUGGUUCCAUGGUACCUUUCUGCCUCCGCUGGCUCCAAGCCCUCAUCCCCGUCAAACUCGGCCAACGCCAAGUAGGCCUCGACCGCUUCUACAUUCUUCUCGACUUCGUUCGCUCCAAACUGAUUACAAAAGAAAAGGAGGGAAUUUCUGUGAAUAUCUGGAAGAAGAGGGAGAUUUUCGUGAUUAACGCGAUUAUCGGGCACCAUUUGAGCAACAAGGAGUUUUCCGUGUGCCUGGAUCUGAUCCAACAUUUGCUCGGUCCCGAUUCUUCAAACCCUAUUCUGUGGUCGAAGCUCGGGUACAUUCAAAUGCAAACUGGGGACCUGGAAAGCGCGAAGAACUCGUUUAAUCGCGUCGAGGCGUUGAUGAAAGAGGGCAAGAGUGAUGAGCUGUUGAGCGAGAUUGAGUUCAAGAACCUCGUGAAUAGGAACAAGGCGAUGGUGUAUAUGGUGGGGAAGGACUACGUCUCGGCGGUGAGGGAGUUGGAGGAGUGCAUUGAGAGGGACCCUAUGGACGUGGUGGCGAUAAACAACAAGGCGCUUUGCUUGAUGUACUUGAGAGACUUGCCGGAUUCGAUUAAGGUGCUGGAGAAUGCUCUCGAGAGGGUGCCCACCGUGGCGCUCAACGAGACGGUCGUAGUGAAUUUGUGUAGUAUGUAUGAAUUGGCUUAUGUCAAUCAUUCCGAUAUCAAGAGGACGCUCAGUAGUUGGAUUGCUCGGGUUGCUCCCGAUGACUUUGACUCGUCUUGUACUCGGAUUUGAGGUUGCACAGAGUGCUGAAGUGGCUAAUUUAUAGUCCUCUUUAUAUGGGCUUCGAUUACCAAUACAUAGUCUUUACAAAUAAAGCCUGAGGAUUGGCACUCUAUUGCUGUCAUUUUUAUGUAUAUGGUCCCAAUUAUCUACGUUUCCAGUGUCCCCACGGACUGUUAGCUAGCGUGUAUCAGCUUACAAGAAUAGCUUUUAGUAUAGAUCAAGUGGAAGAGGUAUGUAUAAAAGUAUUUGCCCCAAGAAGGAAUUCUAAAAUUGCAGGUUUGGAAAAGGGCAGAUUUUUUAGAAAGGGGAUCUUUUGAUAUUUUGGGAAUCUUUCAUCUAAUAUUGAUCCAUAUGACCUUUUGACUUCUUCUACCCUUAAGCGACCAAACUCAAUGUCAUUAACAGAGAACUGAAUGAGGUGGCUCAACAGAAGGAAAGCUCCUGCUUUGAAAAUUAUGUAGUUUGUAUUUUAGACUAAUUUUCUCAUGCACAUGCUUUAGAUGAAUAUAUUACUGUAAUUGGAGUUGGAUUUAUCGCAAAAGAUAGUUUCAUCAAUCCUGGCUGUAUCAUAUAGAUUUAUUUCUUUGAUAUGUAAUAGAUUAUCAAAUGAAACACUUGAGUACACCUGCCAUCAGGAUCUUUUGUUUGGAGGAAAAAAAAAUGUUUAGGGUGAACUGGUAGUGCUUUAUAAGUCAAUGGAUCAAGUUGUCUGCUG